AUGGCGUGCGAGAACAGCAACGUUACUGCCAAUGGCGAUGGCCUGUGCAUGGCGACGCCCCGCGCUGACCCGCUUAACUGGGGGAAGGCGGCGGAGGAGCUGAUGGGCAGCCACCUCGACGAGGUGAAGCGGAUGGUGGCCGAGUACCGCCAGCCCUUGGUGAAGAUCGAGGGCUCCAGCCUCCGCAUCGCGCAGGUGGCCGCCGUGGCCGCCGGCGCUGGCGAGGCCCGCGUCGAGCUCGACGAGUCCGCCCGUGGCCGGGUCAAGGCCAGCAGCGACUGGGUCAUGAACAGCAUGAUGAACGGCACCGACAGCUACGGCGUCACCACCGGCUUCGGCGCCACGUCCCACAGGAGGACCAAGGAGGGCGGCGCUCUCCAGAGGGAGCUCAUCCGGUUCCUCAACGCUGGCGCAUUCGGCACCGGCACCGACGGCCACGUCCUGCCGGCCGAAGCCACGAGGGCGGCCAUGCUCGUCCGCAUCAACACCCUGCUCCAGGGGUACUCCGGCAUCCGCUUCGAGAUCCUGGAGGCGAUCGUCAAGCUGCUCAAUGCCAACGUCACGCCGUGCCUGCCGCUCCGCGGCACGGUCACCGCGUCCGGCGACCUCGUGCCGCUCUCCUACAUUGCCGGCCUCGUCACCGGGCGCGAGAACUCUGUUGCAGUCGCCCCGGAUGGCAGCAAGGUGAACGCCGCAGAGGCGUUCAAGAUUGCCGGCAUCCAGGGCGGCUUCUUCGAGCUGCAGCCCAAGGAGGGUCUUGCGAUGGUGAACGGCACGGCCGUGGGCUCUGGCCUUGCCUCCACCGUGCUCUUUGAGGCGAACAUCCUAGCCAUCCUUGCCGAGGUCCUGUCCGCCGUGUUCUGCGAGAUCGAGGCGGCUGCCAUCAUGGAGCACAUCUUGGAGGGAAGCUCCUACAUGAAGCUUGCCAAGAAGCUCGGCGAGCUGGACCCGUUGAUGAAGCCGAAGCAGGACCGGUACGCGCUCCGCACGUCGCCGCAGUGGCUUGGCCCCCAGAUUGAGCAAGGCUCUUCACGGUGGCAACUUCCAGGGCACGCCCAUCGGGGUGUCCGCAUGGACAACACCCGUCUCGCCAUCGCAGCCAUCGGCAAGCUCAUGUUUGCGCAGUUCUCUGAGCUCGUCAACGACUACUACAACAACGGCUUGCCCUCCAACCUGUCCGGUGGGCGCAACCCCAGCUUGGACUACGGCUUCAAGGGCGCCGAGAUCGCCAUGGCGUCCUACUGCUCUGAGCUGCAGUUCCUGGGGAACCCGGUCACCAACCACGUCCAGAGCGCGGAGCAGCACAACCAGGACGUGAACUCGCUCGGGCUCAUCUCCUCCAGGAAGACCGCUGAGGCCAUCGAGAUCCUGAAGCUCAUGUCCUCGACGUUCCUGAUCGCCCUGUGCCAGGCGGUCGACCUGCGGCACAUCGAGGAGAACGUGAAGAGCGCCGUCAAGAGCUGCGUGAUGACGGUGGCGAAGAAGACUCUGAGCACCAACUCCACCGGCGGUCUCCACGUCGCGCGCUUCUGCGAGAAGGACCUGCUCCAGGAGAUCGAGCGCGAGGCGGUGUUCGCGUAUGCCGACGACCCCUGCAGCGCUAACUACCCGCUGAUGAAGAAGCUUCGCAACGUGCUCGUGGAGCGCGCCCUCGCCAACGGCGCUGCCGAGUUCGACGCCGAGACAUCCGUGUUCGCCAAGGUCGCCCAGUUCGAGGAGGAGCUGCGCGCGGCGCUGCCCAAGGCGGUGGAGGCUGCACGGGCGGCUGUCGAGAACGGCACGGCAGCGGUACCAAACAGAAUCACCGAGUGCCGCUCCUACCCGCUCUACCGCUUCGUGCGCGAGGAGGUCGGAGCCGUGUACCUCACAGGCGAGAAGACGCGCUCUCCCGGCGAGGAGCUCAACAAGGUGCUCGUUGCCAUCAACCAGGGCAAGCACAUCGACCCGUUGCUCGAGUGCCUCAAGGAGUGGAACGGCGAGCCCCUGCCCAUCUGCUGA